GCUUUACGUAAAUAAUAAUAAUAACAAUAAGCGAGAUGGAGAAGAACGACAAGGACCCUGACCUUCUUCAUGAUGAUGAACAAAAGGACGAAUCUAAGGAAGAGGAGAAAGAACACAUCGUUUCAGAUGCUAAUCUCCCAAAUGAUUCCCAUGAUCAUCAAGAUGGUAUUAACAAAGAGAAUGUCGAUGUUGGUAAUGCCGAGACAGAUCACAACCAAGGAGGAGACAAUGCCGACGACAAGGUUAACUCACCAUUAGGACAAGAAGAAGCACCACCACCACCACCAGAGAUUCCUCAAACCAUCGAGUCCUUAUCCGAAGAACUCGACCAGCUUCUCUCGAGUCUCUCUCUUCACAAAGAGGAACACAAAGACGUCGUCACCCAGGAGGAGAAAGAAGGAGAGGAUGGUAAUUAUUUUCAGAUCCCACAGUUCGUCGGCAAGUUCUUGGAUCUCUUCGAGGACAAACUCUCCAAACACGACUCUGCUGGCGACCCUAAAACGACGACGUGGUACCAAGAUCCAGUGGAGGUGUCUUCCCUUCUCGAAGCUGUGGAUCGUGUCUCAAAGCUCAUGGAGCUGUUGCUCAACACCAAGUCUUGUUUGGACCAUCACGAGUCCUUGAUCAACCACGCUGGAUCGAUCCAGCAGCGUGCAAUGGCAUUCUUGGAAGACGAGUUCCGUCUCCUUCUAGAAGAGUCCGUGAUCAAAGAGCCUCAGGUGGUCACGGACGACAACAGCAACGGUCAACAAGACCACCACAACGACUCCCAAGAUCAGGACCAGGUAAACGUUCCGGAGGAAGGCGGGGAUAAGGAGAUUGAAUACCCUGGCUACUCGGAGGAGGUGGUUGUGUUGCUGAGGAAGAUAGUUGAGAAGAUGAAAGGAGCAGGGUACGGAUGUGAGUGCAGAGAGGCUUACUUGGUAGGGAGGAGGAACAUCUUGAUGCGUACGUUGAAACAGGAGUGCGAGUUUGAGAAAGUGAGCAUAGACGAGGUGCAGAAGAUGAGCUGGGGAGAGCUGGAGAGAGAGAUACCUAUAUGGAACAAGACCGUCAAGAACUGCUCUUCCCUCUUCUUCCCUGGAGAGCUCAAACUCGCCGAGAAGAUCUUCCCAGAGGAUAAAGGAAGCUUGUUCUGCCUUGUGACGCACGGGUUAGCCAUCCAGUUCUUGGGCUUCUCAGAGGCCGUGGCCAUGACCAGACGGUCCACUGAGAAGCUCUUCAAGAUUCUUGACAUCUACGAGACUCUCAGAGACGGUUUCUCAGCCAUGGAGGAGCUCUUCCCUGAGGAGCUCUGCGGCGAGCUGAGAAGCGAGGUGACCACCGCUCGCUCCCGCUUAGGAGAGAGUGCUAUCAACAUAUUCUCUGAUCUCGAGAACUCAAUCAAAUCGGAUUCUAGCAAGACCCCUGUGCCCGGAGGCGCGGUGCAUCCUCUGACUAGGUACACAAUGAACUACCUCAAGUACUCGUGCGAGUACAAAGACACGUUGGAGAAAGUGUUCAAGUCUCACUCGAAGAUGGAGGAGGAGGAGGAGGAGUCUAACACGGAGAGAGCCUUCGCGAACCAGCUGAUGAGGAUCAUGGACUCACUAGACGGGAACAUGGAGGCGAAGUCGAAGCUGUACAAAGACGUACCGUUGAGCUGCAUCUUCAUGAUGAACAACGGGAGAUACAUAGUGCAGAAGAUCAAAGGAUCGGCAGAGAUACACGAGGUGAUGGGAGACACGUGGUGCAGGAAGAGGUCGUCUGAGCUGAGGACUUAUCACAAGAACUACCAGAGAGAGACGUGGGGGAAGCUGCUUGGGUUCUUAGGGCACGAAGGGCUCAUGCAUAACAACAAGAUAGUGAAGCCUAAUCUCAAAGAGAGGUUCAAGAGCUUCAACGCGACGUUUGACGAGAUACACAAGACGCAGACCACGUGGGUGGUUAACGACGAGCAGCUUCAGAGCGAGCUGAGAGUCUCUAUAACCGCGGUGAUGAUACCUGCUUACAGAGCCUUCAUGGCUAGGUUUGGACAGUACUUGGAUCCUGGUCGUCAGACAGAGAAGUAUGUCAAGUACCAGCCUGAGGACAUAGAGGAUCUCAUCGACCAGCUCUUUGAAGGCAACACUUCCUCCUCUUCAACCGCCACCGCCAAGCGAAGAACGUAGCUACUUCUCUCUCUUUCUUUCUUGUUUUGCAAGCAACGCUUUCUUCUUAUGAAUAAAAAAAUCGAUGUAAUUCUUUUGUUGUUAGCAUGAUGGUUAAGUUAUUAUGUGAACUC